AUGUCGAAGCUGAUUGAGAGAAGAAUCAUUAUUGGCAAAAUGCGGUUCAAGCUCCCGUAUGAAAGUCUUGAAGAUUGUAAACCUUUGUGGGAAAAAGUGGAGUUUAACAAGAAGAAAUUGGGAAUCGCAGGUCGAUGGUAUAAGGAAGUUGAUCUCUACAUUGAAAAGGAUGUUACGGGAAGAGAAACAGAAGCAAGCAUACCUAAGAAGGAAACAGAACCAAGUGAACAUGAUAAAGAAAGAGAAGACAGUGUACCUGAACAGGAUAAAGAGACGAUCAUGGAAGAGCGUCAUGAAGAUGCGACCAUUGAAGAGCGUCAUGAAGAUGCGAUCAUUGAAGAGCGUCAUGAAGAGGCUGAAGGUGGCGAGGUUGGAAGUGAUGAUGAAAUUGAAGAUGCCACAUAUGAGGGCGAAGCAUCAGAUGAUGAAUGUAUAGAUUCUGAGGCAGGGUUGUCCAAGAAAUCAGAAUCUGAUGAUGAUGUUGAGGUAGUUGAGGAGGAGAUAGAAGUUUUCAAAGAUGUCAACUAUGAAGAACAAAUUCCAGAUGAGGAUGAACAAUACCCUGCCACUGAUGACUCAUCAGGUGACGAAGAAGAACAAGCUGAGCGGUUGGUGAAAAGAAAUAUGUCUGAUGGGAUUUUUAGUCUAAGGCAAUUGUUCAAUACUGGUGAGGAGUUUAAAGAGAAUGUUAUUCGAUACAUUCUGAAGACGAGGAGAAAUGUUGUCUUCGAUAGAUGGGAGAAGACUAAACUCGGUGCAAAGUGUAAUGAGAAUGAUUGUGGGUGGCGCAUCUAUUUUUCAGUGGAGAACCCAAUAGAGAAAUGGAUGGUGAAAACCUAUGAGGAUGAGCAUCAAUGUCACCCUGUUGGGAGGUGUAAGCUGAUCAAAAGUCCGGUAAUAGCUGAUAUAUUUCUAGAAGACAUCAUACGAGAUCCUGAAAUGAGUGUGCCGGAAAUCAAAGAUGAAAUGAAGAGGAGGUACAACAUCAUCAUCUCACCUCCAAAAUCCCAAGUUGCUAGGAGAAUGGUCUUUGAUAAACUCCAAGCUGAAACUAACGAGCAGUUUGCACGGUUAAGAGAUUAUGAGGCUGAAAUUAAGAGGACAAAUAAAAACACCACCGUGGAGAUUAACACUAUCAGAAGAGAGGAUGGAGAGGAAAUGUUCUCGGAAAUCUAUAUUUGUUUUGAGAAGCUAAAGAGGUCAUGGAAACAGAACUGCAGACCCAUCAUCGGCUUAGAUGGUACGUUCUUAAAACACCCUGUCCAGGGGAUGAUUCUCACAGCAAUAGGAAGAGAUCCGAAUAAUCAGAUAUAUCCCAUAGCUUGGGCAGUAGUGUCGGCUGAGAACAAUGAUAACUGGGAAUGGAGUUUGAUUCAUGAUGUUGUUACGGAGUUGCCCAAGGCUGAGCAUCGAGCAUGUGCUAGACACAUCUACGCCAAUCUGAAGAAAUUGCAUAAGUCUGACACUUUGAAACCCCUCUUUUGGAGAGUUGCAAGUAGUUAUAACGAAGGUGAUUUCAAAGCAAGCCUUAAAACUUUCAGAGAAUUUGAUCCGCAGGCGUGUGACGAUCUGCUGAAGAAAGAUCACCGUACUUGGUGCAUAGCUUUUUUUAGGACCGGUUGUUGUUGUGCUGAUACUCACAACAAUCUGACAGAGUCUUUCAAUAGGACUUUGAAGGCUGCAAGGAAGAAGCCAUUUGUGCAGAUGCUGGAGCUGAUUAGGAGAGAUGUGAUGCAAAGAAUAUCGAAUAGGUACCUAAUAGCUUGUAAGGAGAUCGGAAGACACACAAAGAAAGCAAGAAAGGAGAUAGAGAAGUCUUGUGAUGAAGCGCAACACUGUUACUCUGUCUCAAGUACUGGAGGGAAAUAUGAGAUUGUGGAGGGGACAAAUGGCUACUCAGUUCAUCUCAAUAGGCGCACCUGUGUAUGCAGAAAAUGGGACUUGACAGGUAUCCCUUGUCGCCAUGCUGUUUGUGCAAUUCGAGAGAACACCGGCUUAGUUGAGGACUACAUCUCAGAUUACUAUUUGACUGACAAGUGGAAAGAGACAUAUCGUAGAGGUCUGAAGCCGGUUAAUGGUCCUAAGUUUUGGGAAGAAACUGGAGGAGGACGCAUCUUUGCACCCCCUUAUAAGCGACCACCAGGUAGACCAAAAGGUAAAGCGAGGAUCAAGGGUGUCCAUGAAUCACCUUCUAAGAAGAAGGUUGGCCGUCAAGGAAGAGAAGGACAUUGCAGUCUAUGUGGUGGUAAGGGACAUAACUCAAGGAAGUGUCCACAUGAGUCUCAGGAGGACAGGGCGAAGAGAAGGCGUAUUAAUGAGGAAGCUCAGUUGGAGGGAGAAGUUCAAGCUCAACUACAAGCUCAAGAGGAAGCAAAUGAUGAAGCACAAGAAGAGGCUGAGAUGGAAGCUGAUUUCAUGGCUCAGUUAGGAGGAGACGAAGCACACGAGGAGGCUGAAGUUCAAGAUGUUUCUUCAAAUGCACCACAACCAACUCAAGUGCUCCGUAGAAGCAGUCGCUUGGCUUCAUUGUUGUUUGGUUGA